CUGGUUUCAGGAGCCAAUUCGGAAUCAACUUCUGAAGCAGUCUUGCAAGCAGAAUCGCUAGCCUUCGAGAAACAGAAUUCCGAAGUAAAUGUCAGAUCUUCGCGAGACCGUCGUGGGCAAUUACAUGCGAUCCGUGAUGAUGUUGCAAAGGCACCUGCGAUAUCCUGCGAGCUAUGGCAUGAUUUCGCAAAGGUGAACGCUUUGGUAAGACAGGGAGACGAUGACGCUCUAGAGGCCCUUUCAAGAGUCGCAGAUCGAAUGCGUAUCCUUGCUGAUGAUAUCGAUGUUCCGCUUGGAUCGACCGCAAUUUUGCCUAGGCCUGAUGUCUCUAGUGGAGGGAGACCGAAAUUGCAAAAAGCAGAACUUUAUACGAGAGCACGUAUUCGAAAGCAAAUGAGGAAGAUCUCUCAAUCAGCAGAAGACCUGCGAAUAGACCCGGAGGAGAUCCUUUUCUGUUCUCUCUGUUUUGAAGAACACCCCGACCUUCCUGAGCGUAAUAACUGA